UUUACCGUUUGCGAACAGGAAGUUGUGCAUCGUGCCAUAAUCGAUGCAGUCUGUCAAAUCGACUGAUUUGUUGUAGAAAAAAAAUGAAUUUAAAGUGUUUGUCUGCGGCACAAAGACUUGGUCGAAGUUAACGGAAAGCAAACGCUGAGGUUUUUUUUGCAAUAAUGGUGUCUGCUGGAAAGGAAAACUGGUUUUCUUAGGCAAUUCGCGUCCUGCGAGGUGACAUCGCCAUACAGUGUGAUAGGCAGACCACAACACCUCAGUGUAAGGAUGGGUGCUGAGAGCAGUGCCCUGCCAAGCUGUGUGCUGGAAGAGCCGUUGCUGACACUGCCGUCUGGUCUUACCAUGUACUCUGCCCUCCUCCGGGAUGGCAAGCCUGCCUCCGUCUUUGUGCAUAAGCAAGACAAUGAAGAUAAAGUCAAUAAAGCUGCCAAGCAUUUGAAGACAUUAAGGCACCCAUGUCUUCUUCGCUUCCUGUCAUGCUCCGUGCAGGAUGGAGGUAUACAUUUAGUGACAGAACCAGUUCAACCAUUAAAACGGCUGCUAGACAAUCUUACUCCAGAGGAGAUCUGCGCAGGCCUCUAUGACCUGCUGCAAGCACUAGUCUUUCUACAUGAUAGGGGCAAAUCAAGUCACAACAAUGUGUGCAUAUCCUCAGUAUUUGUCAGUGAAGAUGGCCAUUGGAAACUUGGGGGGAUGGAAACUGUCUGCAAGUUUUCAGAGGCAACACCAGAGUUUCUCAGAAGUAUCCAGAAUGUGAGGGAAAAUGGUGCCAUUCCUCCUGAGGAGAAGCUUGAAGGAUUCAAAACUCUUCCCGACAAGCAUGCCCACUCCCGAGACGCUUUUUCAUUUGGGGUGAUGGUGGAGGCCCUUCUUCCACUUCUGACGGGACAUGUCUCAGAUGAUUUAUUGGAGAGUCUAAAAGACAUGCUGCAGGCCAGCCUCUUGACCCCUGACUCCAUGUCUCGCCCAUCUCUCAGCAGUUUGCUGACUCACAAGUUCUUCAGAAAUGACUUCUUAGAUGUCAUGAAUUUUCUGAAGAGUUUGACCCUGAAAAAUGAAGAGGAGAAGAAUGAAUUCUUCAAGUUUCUCUUGGACCGAGUUCAAAACCUUCCAGAGGAGUUAAUUGCUACACGUCUGGCUCCUAAGUUUCUUAAUUCUUUGGUGUUUGCUGAGCCCAUGGCUGUCAAAAGCUUCCUUCCUCACCUCUUACGGCCUAAGCAAGACUCGAGUGUGAGCCCUGGUGAGGAGUGUCUUCUGUCUUUGUCUUUGUAUCGGAGAUACGUGGUUCCUCAGCUCCUUAAGCUCUAUAAAGUGAACGAGGAGCACGUCAGGAUUGUGCUUCUCUCCCACAUUCAUAUCUAUGCUGAGUUCUUUCCCCAUGAAGAACUGAAAAAUCAGAUUCUUCCUCAGGUUUUGCUGGGAAUGAGAGAUACAAAUGACUCACUCGUCGCUAUGACACUACAGAGUUUGGCUGUGCUUGUCCCGUUGCUGGGAGCCCAAGUGGUUGUUGGUGGGGAGAGGACCAAAGUCUUUAAACGGACUACACCAAACUUCACCAAGUCCACAGAGGUCACCCCAGAGACAUCACCUGUGCAUAUUGUUGGACCAUCGCAUCCCCAUGUCUCACAACCACCAAAGGUCCUAAAUCUGUUCCCUAAGGGCUCAGAGGACAAAAAGGUGGUUUUGGAAAAUAUGUACUCCUUCCAAGCAACUGAAAAGACCAGCGCCCAGCACACCACAGCAGAGAGAGCAGUGAACUCUCUAGUAUUUAGCAGCGAGAUGUCGUUCCCGUUGAAUGGCUACAGAAUGGGCACACAAGCUGCAGACAACACGAAAACUAACGGAGCGGUGAGAUCUGACGAAGACUGGCCUAACUGGAGUGACACAGAGGAAGCAGAAAAGGACAAGACCCAGUCAGUCCAGAUUAGCAUUCGGUCAGCAGAUGUCCCAGGUCAGAGCAACUCUGCUCACAAUGAGCAUGAAAGUGAGGAACCCUGGGAUGACUUUGAGGACUCAGAAGUGACCUCAGAUCAGUCACCCUCGACUCCUUUACCAGUCUCUGCACCAAAGACAUCAACAAAAAGCAAGGUGUUAUCUCCAACUGAAUCUAGCGCCGGAUCUUCAAGGCAGUCAAAAGCACUCAAACUGAACUCUAGUGUCAAAAGCGCUCCAGAUCAUAACCAUACCUCAUCAUGGGACACCGGUUGGAACCAGACAUCUGACACCCUCAAACCCAGCAAAACAAGUUUAGCAUUAGAGCCCAAGCCAAAAAGCACAAUCAAAAGCUCUGAAGCUGGAUGUCUCGGGGAGGAGUUCACAAUUGCAGUGAAGAAGAAGCCAGAGCCAGAUCCAGAACUAGACUUCUUUGCAGACAUGGUCCCAGAUAUAAAGCUGUCUUCCUCAUCUCUUCUGCUCCCUGUGGAGAGCUCGGUCAGAGAACCCAUCAUGGGACACACAACAUCAGACCCAUCAAUAGAUACACUGAGCCUCACUACCAAGUUUGCUGCUGCUGACUUGACUGAGACGGAGGCAGAAGGAUGGGGUGAUGACCUCAACUGGGAAGAUGAGAAUGCCUGGUGAUCAGUGUGGUCCUCUACAGAAAGCCAUAUGAGAGAUUCCAAUACAAGAACACUGUUACAUUAUGCCAUCAUGAUAUUAUCACUAAAGACCAACAUAAAAAUUUAGUAACUACGAUUUAAGAUAGCGUGUAUUUUAAGAUUCCCCCACCCAGUACAGUGGGAUAAUCAGUCUACUGUCGCCAUAGAAAUUGAUUGGCUACAGAAAAAGGUUCUGUCUUGUUUAGCUUUUUCAAGAUGGCAUGAUGGACCUAAACAUGCCAAAUCCUAUUAGAAGUCCUUCAGUCAUGUUGCACUGAGGAGGGAUACAUAACCUGGAAAUACAUCCACUUCUAAUGUCAGUUUUUAUUUGUGCCAUACAGCUUUAUUUUGUGUUUUUGUUCAGUGAGCCUUAGAGGACAGACAGCCUCAACUUGAGAAGAAAUAUAUAGACUCUAAUUUUGUUCAUUAGAUUGGGUGAGAGCCCGGCAUAAUUUAUUUGUAUUAUCAGCUGCUGACUAAAUAAAAUGGUUUUACGGUA